AUGGGUGCUGCCCAUAGCUCUGUCGUUCAUGACUGUUUGCUCUCCGCCGUUGGGAACAAUUCCAACCUUCUCGCCUUUCAAGGCGACUUUCGGUUUAACUCGGAAAUUCCUUUGUACAAUUUGGAAUUUCCUGUGGUCCCUACUGCCAUCACUUAUCCAGAGACCACGGAGCAAGUCGCAGCGAUCGUCAAAUGUGCAGCACAUCACGACCUCAAGGUUCAAGCUCGCAGUGGAGGUCAUAGCUAUGCGAACUAUGGGCUGGGAGGAAACGAUGGCGCUGUGGUUGUUCAUCUGAAAAACAUCCAGCAUUUCUCAGUUGACGAGGAAACUCAAAUUGCGACUGUCGGCUCCGGCACACUUUUGGGUGAUCUUCACUCGCGUCUUUACCAUGCAGGUAGAAGAGCUGUUGCUCAUGGGAGCUGCCCUCAGGUCGGCAUGGGUGGGCAUUUCACGAUCGGUGGCUUGGGUUUGAUGUCUCGCGAAUGGGGCAUGGCUCUUGACCAUAUCGAAGAGGCUGAGGUGGUUCUCGCAAAUUCCAGCGUCGUGAGAGCAUCCAAGACCCAGUACCAGGAUAUUUUCUUUGCCAUCAAAGGCGCGGCAGCCAGCUUCGGAAUCGUCACGGAAUUCAAGCUUCAUACCCAUGAAGCACCCUCGGAGGCCAUUCAGUAUACUUACGAGGUUAAUGUCGGCAACAUUGCUGACAAGGCACAGAUUUUUAAAGACUGGCAGUCUCUAAUUGCAACCAAGAACCUCUCUCGGAAAUUCUCUAGCGAGCUUGUCAUUUUCGAAGGCGGCGUCUUGCUGUCUGGAACAUUCUUCGGGUCCAAGGAGGAGUUCAACGCAUUUGGAUUGGAGCACCAUUUUCCAAUCAAGGAUCAUGGCACCACCGUGCACUUGACGGACUGGCUUGGCAUGCUUACUAGCAAGGCUGAGGACCUCAUACUGACGGCCAUGGGAGGCAUCCCGGCCCCGUUCUAUGCCAAAUCGAUGCCCUUCAUGCCGGAACAUAGCAUCACCGACGAAGGGGUCGAUAUGAUGUUCAAAUAUAUUGCCACCGCAAAAAAGGACACUGUCGCCUGGUUUGUCAUCUUUGACCUGGAGGGUGGUGCCGUGAAUGACCACGCUGUCAAUGCCACUGCAUAUGCCCACCGAGAAGCAUUCAUGUGGAUGCAAUCUUAUGCAGUCAGCCUUAUCGGUCCUGUCAGUUCCACUACCAGAAAAUUCCUCGAUGGUCUGAAUGACGUUAUCACUUCUUCUCGUCCUGGGGCUGGAGCAUACGGGGCAUACCCUGGAUAUGUCGACCCUUACAUGAAAGAUCCACAAAAGGCUUACUGGGGGCCCAACCUCGAAAAACUUCAGAGCAUCAAGGCCAAGGUCGAUCCGGAUGACGUAUUCCACAAUCCUCAAAGUGUGCAGGAGAGCCUCGACAUUUUUUAG